AUGGAUGCGAACGCGUUUGGCGCGCGUACGAGCGGUGACGCUUUCCCUGUCGGUGUCGGAGGAUCAGCGUUUGAUGACGAACACGACCCGGAAACGGGAUUGCCCAUAUGGAGUGCGACGCGUCUCGCGACACUCCAGUGCAAGCUCAACCAGCGCCUUGGGCCCGAGUACCUCUCGCAGCGCCCAGGGCCGGGUGGCGGGCCAAAAUUGACGUACAUUGAGGGAUGGAAGGUCGUAGACCUCGCGAACGAGGUAUUCGGCUUCAACGGAUGGUCGACAAGCGUCACGAGCCUGGACAUUGACUACCUCGAUGUGCACCCCGAGUCGGGGCGCUGCAACUGCGGCGUGAGCGCAAUCGUGCGCAUCACACUCCGCGACGGCACGUACCACGAGGACGUGGGGUACGGCCACACGGAGGGCGUACGUGGCAAGCACGCCGCGCUGGAAAAGUGCAAAAAGGAGGCGAUCACCGACUCGAUCAAGCGUGGGCUCAAGACAUUUGGGCGUCUACUCGGCAACUGUUUGUACGACCGCCAGUACUCGCGCGAAGUGCUCAAAAUGCCCGUGCCUACGGCUCCGUUUGACGCCUCCGAGCUCCACCGGCACAAGGAUACCCCCGCGAGCGCGUCGCGCACCUCGGCGCGUGCUGGAACAAAGCGCACGAGCGACGAGUCGAACCAGCAGCGCAUGGAGGAGGCGAAGCAGGCACGGCUGCGACUCGCGGCCGCGGCGCGUGCCAAGAUGGCCGGCGGGCGUGGCAAGCCCGAAGGCCUUCGUGGCGCAGCCGCAAGUGGUGCGCCAGAGAGCGCCGCCGCGCCCCCUGCCGAUGCUCCGACGGCGUCCGAGCCACCUGUGCCGCGCCCCGUACCUGCGCCUGCCUCGACGACGCCGCCCGCCGCCCGUCCCACGCCCCGUCCUCGCUCUGGGGUGAAACCCGAGCCGAAAGAGACCGAUCCGACGGCCACGACGCCCGACGAUGCGCCCUGGGACAGCGAGAUGAACGACGCCGAGGCGGCAAGUAUGGCGCUGGAGCUUGAGCUGGAGGACGACCUGCUUCUCCGCCAGUCGCAGCUCGCCCAAGAACUCGAUAACGACGACCUAGACACAGAUACACAGUAG